ACUUUAUUAUCUUCAAACAACAAAAGCAGAGAAAUUUUUACCAAGAAUGGUUCAUGAAAUGCCCCAAAAAAUUCAAUCUUGAUGCUUCCGAAUUCACUCUCUGAUACCAAGUAUCACUCAGAAAAUAGAUUAACAAAAAGACCCUUAAACCAGAUAAAAUAAAAGAAAUGCUAAUGAUACAGUCCACCAUUUCACCUCCUGUCCAAAAAACACUACUUGUUCCAUCUCAAAUUGGCAAACAUGGCUGUUAUCUUGCUUUACAUGGCGGAUUUGGCUCACCAUCAGCUUCUUUUCACUUUCCAAGAAGACCCAUCAAGCGAAAUUCAGUUCAGCUGCAGAUUUUUGCAAGGAAAGUAGAAUCAUUCUCACUUUUGGUUCCAGAGAAAGAUGAUGAAUCAUCAGAGAAGUUGCUGAAUGGUGGAGAUAUUACUACUAGUAAAGGACAGUUUCUUUCUCUAUCUGCUUUCUCAUGCGGAUCUAUCUUCUGGUUGACAUCCGGGCAAGUGGCAUCAGCAAGUGAAAGUGUCAGAGUAAACAUGGUUUAUGAGGUCGGAGAGUUAUUUGAAUUGGGAAUCCAACUUACCUACCUGCUUAUACUACUAGCAUUGCUUGGGGCUGGAAGCUUCUUUGUGAUUCGGCAAGUCCUUGUCCGCAGAGAGCUUGAUCUUUCUGCCAAAGAAUUGCAAGAGCAAGUUAGAAGCGGUGAUGCCAGUGCAACAGAACUUUUUGAACUUGGAGCUGUGAUGUUGAGGCGAAAAUUCUACCCAGCUGCUACAAAGUACCUGCUUCAGGCAGUACAAAAGUGGGAUGGAGAUGAUCAGGAUCUUGCCCAAGUUUACAAUGCCCUUGGUGUCAGUUAUGUACUUGAUGAGAAAAUCGACAAAGGAAUUGCUCAGUUUGAGAAUGCUGUAAAACUUCAACCAGGUUAUGUCACGGCAUGGAACAACCUUGGCGAUGCGUACGAGAAAACCAAAGACUUAACAUCCGCUCUAAGAGCAUUUGAAGAGGUCCUCCUUUUUGAUCCUAAUAAUAAAAUAGCUCGUCCUAGGCGCGACGCAUUGAAGGAUAAAGUACAGAUGUACAAAGGAGUACCUGUGAAAUCUAAGAAGAGUUGAUAUAGGGAGCUUCUUAUUAUUUUUACACACUUAUACUGAUUAUCCUUGGAGGACCCCCCCCCCUC